AUGUUAAAAGGUGAACGACAAUUGAUUGCUGUAUCAAAAAUUGAUAAGUUUGACAAAGGUAUUGGGGAAAAACUUCAAGGUAUUGGACCUGGUCCAAUGGUACUCAAACUUGGUUGUGUAGCUGUGCUUAAUCGUACACAAGAAGAAAUUGAUCAAAAUAUUCCAUUUGAUGAAAUGCGACGACGUGAACAACAUGGACAAUUAGUAAAACGGCUUGCUUUAAUUCAACAAGAACGUAUUCGCUCAACUCUUCCAUCAAUUAUAGACGAACUUAAAAAGGAAAUCAAGUCAAAGAAAUCUGAAUUGAAACAAAUGCCACCACCGGUUACUUCUGAAAUGGAUUGUUGGGUAUUAUAUACAGAUUUAAUCAAAAAAUAUGGUGAAAUCAUUAAUGCACGUGUUAAUGGAGUAUAUGAUAAUGAGAUGCAAUUAAAAAUUGAAGAAUCGAUCUUUGCAACAACUGAUUUGUCACGAACAGUUAAUCUUACNAUUCCCUAA